GUCAACACACCAGUUGAUGACACUGCGGAAGUGUCAUGGCGCCGCCCGUCCUGCCGUGUCAGAAACAGCACUAGCGCAAAACAACUUGUGAUGACUCUUCUGUCGCGCGUUUGGGAUCAAUAUCUAACCAGGACGUCCGAGGAAUCAUAACGGUAGGAUGGCAGAUUCGGGCUCUGGUGACCCCAGUGGUCAACGUGCAUCGACCCCUGGAGGUAGCACUGCAGGGCUGCUGACGGGCCGCCGGCCAACAGCCAUAUCUCAGGGCCGUCUCCCCACCAUGCGGUCUAGGGAGCUCACCCUGGGAGGAGUGAAGAAGAAAACUUUCACACCCAACAUUAUUGGACGAAAAGUCAAAGAGGAAGCGAAGGUCGACGGGCACAGGAGAGAAAGGAGAGAUGGAGAGCGAGGUCGCGGCCCGAGAGAGCGAGGCAGGGGCCGGGGUCGCCCAGAGGUCAUCCAGUCCCACUCUAUUUUUGAACAGGGGCCCGCGGAGAUGGCGAUGAAAAAGAGAGCCGGUUAUGAAAACGAGAGAGAUGCUCCGAGCGUGGGACCCUCACCCAUCAUCAAUAUUAAGAAGGAGAAGAGGGAGACUGAGGAGGAGACCAAAGAGAUUCUGCGCAGUCUGGAGAGAGAUAAUUUCAUAGACGAUCCCUUCCUGAGGAGCGAGCAGAGGAGCUGCCCUGUCCAGCUCCCUCUUGCUGUGUCAGGAUGGGGCUUCAAGGAGGAGUUUAGCACAGCUGAUGUUAAAAUUGAAAAAGUAGAAGAGGAUGCUGAGCCCAUGGACUCUGCUGUAGAAGUGAAAAAGGAGCCAGAGGAAACUGAAAUUAAAAAGACGGAGGCAACUUUCAAGCCUCCGCCUCUCCCCGAGCCUGAAGUUCUUCCUGACCUGCUGCAUAAAUGGAGUCUGAGCAAAGGAGAGGAGCUGUUCUUCAUGCAGCUGCCCGACUCGCUGCCCGGCCAGCCGCCUACUGUGGAGCACAAGCCAGUGAAGACAGAGGUUCAGGCAGAAGACGGACAGUCUGUGCUGCUGAAAACAGAAACACAGGAGCAGGAAGCUGAAGAGAACAACUGCAAUCUGAAGGACCUGCGGGAGGGUCUCAUGGGAAAGAUGCUGGUGAGGAAGUCUGGCCGAGUACAGCUCAUACUGGGACAGGUGACACUCGACGUGUCUCUAGGAACAACAUGCUCUUUCCUCCAGGAGCUGGUCUCUAUUGGUACAGAGGGAAGAGCAGGCGACAUGUCCGUGUUGGGGAACGUCAAACACAAGAUGGUUUGCUCCCCAGACUUCGAGGCUCUACUGGAGAGCUGUUCUUGAUGUUCAUCAGAGCAGUGGAGACCUGAGCAUCCUCGGGUCUGACAGGUGGAUGCACUUGUGUUGUGUCGUGAUGUUUACCCUUACUAUGGACUGUCCCUGGAACCUGACGUGUUAUACAAGAAUGAUGGCGUGCAGACUUGCUGUAAUGACAUAUUGAAAUACACUAUCUAUGAAAUAUACAUUUAUUUUCUUCUUGUGGAGCAGGCAUGUUAAUUGAUUCAGGGUUCAAAGGUUGAAAGCUGUGCCAAAUAUAAGUGCUGUUGAAAUUACUUGACACGACUGUACAUGGAUGUAAAUGUGUGAAUAAAAAAGUUUUUGUUAUUUCAGUA